GCCCACAGCCCCUAAACAUGAAAAGGCUCUGGUGCAUAUGUGGGUUUGAUUUUAGGAAAGGGGGGUCCUCAGAUUCCAAAGACACACUGGGUGACCCCAGCCUCCACUGGAAGCCACUGGGCAGAGGAACUCACUGUCGGACCUUUAUUUUUAGUCACCGUCUCCAGUGGCCAACUGAAGCAGGAGUUGUAAGAGGUCAAAGUGAGGGUCGGUUUCCAAGCGCAGCCGGUGGGGUCGGCCUCCCCAGGGCAGCCAGCCCACAGAGUGUCUCCAUCUCCCAGCUCCCGGCCCGUCCAAUACUCUCCUGGACAUGUCCACAGGUUUCCACCAGGAUGUUCUCACAGUCUGCCUGACCACAUCUGAAACCAAUACCCGGCUUCUUCACAGGGUAGACAACCGAGCAGAUGUUUUUCACCUGGACUUGAGGCCACUCUACGAUAAACUUAACAUGAUGAGUUUUAGGGUUUGGCGUAGGUCUUUCUAGCAGUCAAUCAACUCUUGUACCUCAAAGUUUCAACAUUUUUAAGGUUUUUUUUUUUUCCGAGAAGGAAGUCUAUUGCUCUCAUCCCAUUGAUGAGUUGGAAAGUGACUGUAUGCUCGGAGUACAUGCUGUAAUAGAGGGACGAGUCUUCAACCCCAUCCCAGGAAUGAGCAAGCCCCAGACCCAGCUCCAAGAACUGUUCCUUUGGACCCUGCCAGGAGAGCCUCUCAGUGGCCUGCCUGCCCUGCCAGCCUCACCAACCCCAGCUCCAGGCUUGUUGCUAAGGGACACCUUCCCAUUUACUCAGGCUCUGUGGGAUGGCUUUGUUGCCAUGGCAAUGCAUCAAUCUGGAGAGGGAGAGGGAGAGGGAGAGAGAGAACAUACUCUUGUGUGUGGACUCACAACGGGCCCCUGCUGACCAUGAACAAGAUGAAGAACUUCAAGAGAAGGCUUUCCCUGUCCGUGCCCCGCCCAGAGACCAUUGAGGAGUCCCUGGCUGAGUUCACCGAGCAGUUCAACCAGCUCCACACCCAGAGGAAGGAGGAUGGCGGGGACGAGCCUGGGCACCUGUCCCCUGGCAUGCAGUAUCAACAACGACAGAGUCAGCGCCGCUUCUCCAUGGAGGACCUCAACAAGAGGCUCUCCCUGCCCAUGGAUAUCCGCCUGCCCCAGGAAUUCCUGCAGAAGCUACAGCUGGAGAACCCAGGGCUGCCCAAGCCACUCACCCGAAUGUCCCGUCGUGCCUCCCUGUCAGAUAUCGGCUUUGGGAAACUGGAAACAUACGUGAAACUGGACAAACUGGGGGAGGGUACCUAUGCCACCGUCUUCAAGGGGCGCAGCAAGCUGACGGAGAACCUCGUGGCCCUGAAGGAGAUCCGGCUGGAGCAUGAGGAAGGGGCACCCUGUACUGCCAUUCGAGAGGUGUCUCUGCUGAAGGACCUGAAACACGCCAAUAUUGUGACCCUGCAUGACCUCAUUCACACAGAUCGGUCCCUCACCCUGGUGUUUGAGUACCUGGACAGUGACCUGAAACAGUAUCUAGACCACUGUGGAAACCUCAUGAACAUGCACAAUGUCAAGAUUUUCAUGUUCCAGCUGCUCCGGGGUCUAGCCUACUGCCACCGCCGCAAGAUCCUGCACCGAGACCUGAAGCCCCAGAACCUGCUCAUCAAUGAUAGGGGCGAGCUGAAGCUGGCUGACUUUGGCCUGGCCCGGGCCAAAUCAGUGCCUACAAAGACGUAUUCCAAUGAGGUGGUAACCCUCUGGUACAGGCCUCCAGAUGUGCUGCUGGGAUCCACAGAGUACUCCACCCCCAUUGACAUGUGGGGCGUGGGCUGCAUACUCUAUGAGAUGGCUACCGGGAAGCCCCUCUUCCCAGGCUCCACCGUCAAGGAGGAAUUACACCUCAUCUUCCGUCUCCUGGGGACUCCUACAGAAGAGACCUGGCCGGGUGUGACGUCCCUCUCCGAGUUUCGAGCCUACAACUUCCCCCGGUACCUGCCGCAGCCGCUGCUCAGCCACGCUCCCAGGUUGGAUACGGACGGCAUCAACCUCCUGACCAGCCUCCUCCUGUACGAAUCCAAGAGUCGCAUGUCAGCAGAGGCGGCCCUAAGUCACCCCUACUUCCUGUCUCUGGGAGAACGUGUACACCAGCUUGAUGACACCGCCUCCAUCUUCUCCCUGAAAGAGAUCCAGCUCCAAAAGGACCCGGGCUAUCGUGGCCUGGCCUUCCAGCACCCAGGGCGAGGGAAGAGCAGGCGGCAGAGCAUCUUCUGAGUUACGUCCACCCUGCUGCAACUCACGGGGCGAGAGGCCACACGGAACAUGGAUUCAGGAAGUAUGGGGCCUGUGUGGCCAUCCGAGGGCUGAGCAAUGAACGCCUGUGGCCAGUCUGGAGGACCACUUGGCAGCCCUGGUGGUAGCGGUCGCUUCCUUUUUCCUUGCUUGCCACACACCUCUGGGAUGGCCUCUACCUGGACACCAACCCCUUUGCCGUCCACUCUGGGAUGGGGCAUGAGCUACUUCCCUGAGAGGAAGGGAGGGGCGAGGAGGGACCUGGGACCCCUUCCCGGCAGAGGUGCUGGGGGGAAUCUGGGGACCCUGGGCUUGCCUGGCUCAUCAGCUCGAUAGACCCCUUUCUUGUCCUCUG